AUUACACCUUACCUAUAGCAUUCCCAAGUAUAUCACUUCACCUUCAUCAUUUUACUAACAAACCUAUAAAAGUAGCCGUGUGCACUAGCUGUAAAAAACCUAAAACCAGAAAAUUUCCACCUAUUUUAUUGAAUAUACUACAAGAGAUAAUUCAAGUCCCAAUUAA